GCCUCAAUUUGCUUGGUGGACGAGCGCCGCUUCCCACAACUGCGCACGCACGAUUCGGCCUUUCUGCACGUUAGAAUUGGCAAAUGGUGGCCACGCGCACUGCCAGGCGCGCGGCCCACAACCGUAGCCUCCCAUUUCUGGCGCUGUGGUCGCGAGACGAUGUGACCGACUCGGUGGUGGAUUUUCUGCCGACGCCGACCAUCGCGGUGCUUCCAAUAGUUGCCAAGCCACUCCGCGCCGCGCAGCAGCGCGUGCUCCUCACAGCAAUAAGACGGCGCGGCAAGACCGCGCCGAGCCCGCCGACGACGCAAGCGUGCCUCGAAGUACUUGGUCUCCCUUAUCUCUGCGAGAAGUGGGAGCGAGGGCUGGAACAAUGGAGAGUGGAGCACAGUGCUGCGUACACCGUGAAACCAUUCCGCGGCGGUGGAUCCUGUCUCGAGAUCGUCAAGGGCAAUUCUAGUAUGGGUCCUGGAACAGGAGUACACCGAGGUCUUGCUCGCGACAUUGACGGCGAGAAUCUGCUGGUGACACGGUUCCGGGUGACAGUGAGCCUCGGGAAUCAAACUGACGCCGUGGGCUACGUAUUGCUCUGCGGUCCUGGAGGGGAUUUCUUCGAUUCCAUGGGCGGCGUGAGAUUCGACAAAGACCGUUUAACGGGAGUACAGACACUCGUUUGGUGUAGUUUCAGAGGAGGAACACGGGACCUCUGCAAUGCGAAGUCCAACAGGCCAUACACCGUCGAUGCGAUCUUUCAUCAUGAAUCGGCGACUACGAACCGCGGCUCGGUCGACAUUUCCGUCAACGGGCGACCGGUCGUUACGGGGCUGGCAGUCAAUUACAAGCCCCUCUCGUCGAUCAGUGUCUACAACUUUUCCGGUGGAAGAUGUGAGAUCGGAGAAAUCGAGGUGUGGUACAAGGUGGCUGAAGCAAAUCAGAUGUGGGAUGAAUACGCCCCCAUCCUAUGAGUAAGUAUGUGCAACGCG